GGCCAUUGCUCCAAGAUGGCGGCGGCGGCGGCGGCGGAGACAGCGACCACCAACGGUGGUUUCAGCAAUGGCCCCAUCCUGAUUCCUGGCCCAGCAGUGCAGCUGAGCUGGGCUGGAACCGCCCCGCUGGAGCUCCCUCAGCCUGCAACCUAGGAGGUUCCCCGUCUGAAUAACAGGAGUCAGUCAUUCAUUCCACACAAAUUUACUGAGCACCUGCCGUGUGCCAGGUACCGAGCCGUGUUCUGGGUGUACAGCAGGGAACAAAACAGACAAAACAAGAGACAAGAUAAGUAAAAUCUACAUGAGAACUACUAGGGGAGGAGAAUAGCCCAGGGAUGGGACAUAGGAAGUAUGUGGGUGAUAGGGAGAGGCAUUUUUAAGUAGGGUGGCCAAAGGAAGGGAUCACUGGACAGGUGGCAUUUGAGCAAAGACCUGAAAGCCAGGGGAGAAGGCAGGCAGCUGCUACCUGGGGGAGAGCAUCCAGGCAGAGGGAACAGCCAGUGCCACAGCUGGGGUCUCCUGGGUGUAUUUGGAGAAUGGUGUUUGGUGGCCCACGUGGCUGCAGCUGAGCGGGCAAGUGGGAGAGGGUGGGGGAUCACGUGGAGCCUUGUGGGUCCCAGCGAAGACUUUGGCUUUUCCUUUGAGUGAGUCUCAAGCCACAGAAGGCUUGAGCAGAUGCAGGACAGAAUCUAAUUGAAGAUUGAACAGGAGCCUUCUGGGCUCUGAGUGGGGCACAGACCAUAGGAGACAAGGCCGAAGCAGGAGGAAGUUCUCUUUAGAAUUGUUGGAAGAUUCUGAAACCAUCUAAACGUCUCUUCUCUGUUUCUGUGUACCUGAGCGCUAAAAUUCUAAGAUUUUUAAGACCCCAAAGAUUCUGUGGUCCCAACGGUUCCUUCCCCCCACAGUAAUGUGAGUUGCCCAAGCUCAGUGGUAUUGUCUGUCUCUGUGUGUUAUGUGUCCACAGCUGUUUCCCCGGGCCCUAGGACAGUGUGUGGUAUGUUGUAGGAGUUCCACAACCUGGAAGGAUGGAAGGAAGGAAGGAUUGAUCGAAGGUCCAGAAGGCAGUUCCAAGGUUCUGAAGAAUAACAAGUCGCUCUGAAAGUGCAACUCAGACUCUUAAGUGCCAUCUGAGUUGGGUCAGAGAAGGGCAAGCAGGAUACCCGGGAAGCCCAGCUAAGGGCCUGACUUCAGCCCCAUGCGGCUCACCCGCUGCCAGGCUGCUCUGGCAGCCGCCAUCACCCUCAACCUCUUGGUCCUGUUCUAUGUCUCGUGGCUGCAGCACCAGCCCAGGUACUCCCCGGCCAGGGGCUCCCGCCGUGGAUCUGCCUCCGGCCCCCGGGUCACCAUCUUGGUGCGGGAGUUCGAGGCCUUUGACAACGCAGUGCCAGAGCUGGUGGACUCCUUCCUGCAGCAGGACCCAGCCCAGCCGGUGGUGGUGGCAGCCGACACGCUCCCCUACCCACCUCUCGCCCUGCCCCGCAUCCCCAGCGUUCGCCUGGUGCUGCUCCAGCCCGCCCUGGACCGGCCCGCUGCAGCCUCGCGCCCCGAGACCUACGUGGCCACCGAGUACGUGGCCCUGGUGCCCGACGGGGCGAGGGCCGAGGCACCGGGCCAGCUGAAGCGCAUGGCCGAGGUGCUGCGAGCGGGAGGCGCACGCCUGGUGGCCGCUCCCGUUGCUUCGGCCAACCCUGCCCGGUGCCUGGCCCUGAACGUCAGCCUGCGGGAGUGGACGGCGCGCUACGGCCCGGCACCCUCCCCACCCCGCUGCGACGCCCUGGACGGGGACGCCGUGGUUCUCCUGCGCGCCCGCGACCUCUUCAACCUCUCGGCGCCCCUGGCCCGGCCCGUGGGCACCGGCCUCUUCCUGCAGACCGCCCUCCGCGGCUGGACGGUGCAGCUGCUGGACCUGCCCUUUGCCAGGGCGCGCCAGCCCCCGCUGACCACGGCCCACGCGCGCUGGAAGGCGGAGCGCGAGGGGCGGGCGCGGCGGGCGGCGCUGCUGCGGGCGCUGGGCAUCCGCCUGGUGAGCUGGGAGGGCGGGCGGCUCGAGUGGUUCGGAUGCAACAAGGAGACCCCGCGCUGCUUCGGGACAGUGGUGGGCGACACGCCGGCCUACCUGUACGAGGCGCGCUGGACACCCCCGUGCUGCCUGCGCGCGCUGCGUGAGACGGCCCGCUACGUGGUGGGCGUGCUGGAGGCGGCCGGCGUGCGCUACUGGCUGGAGGGUGGCUCGCUGCUGGGGGCGGCCCGCCACGGGGACAUCAUCCCGUGGGACUACGACGUGGACCUGGGCAUCUACCUGGAGGACGUGGGCAACUGCGAGCAGCUGCGGGGCGCCGAGGCGGGCUCGGUGGUGGAUGAGCGCGGCUUCGUGUGGGAGAAGGCGGUGGAGGGCGACUUCUUCCGCGUGCAGUACAGCGAGAGCAACCACCUGCACGUGGACCUGUGGCCCUUCUACCCUCGAAACGGGGUCAUGACCAAGGACACGUGGCUGGACCACCGGCAGGAUGUCGAGUUCCCCGAACACUUCCUGCAGCCUCUCGUGCCCCUGCCCUUUGCCGGCUUCGUGGUGCAGGCACCUAACAACUACCGCCGCUUCCUGGAGCUCAAGUUCGGCCCCGGGGUCAUCGAGAACCCUGAAUACCCCAACCCAGCACUCCUGAGUUUGGCAGGAAGCAGCUGAAGCUCCAGCGCCUGAUCCUGGAGUCAGGAGCACAUUCAGGCACAGGGCAUUGUCCUUUGUCUUGGUGCUGCUGGCGUUUGGUGGGCGGGCCAGGGAUGCCAAGCCACCCUGCUGGGCCCAGCGCAGCCCGGGACAUCAAAGGUGUGCCCUGCCCCAAAUUUCCAGAACCGGGGCUCCAGAGCUGCUGCAGAGUUUUGGAGAGAGAGGGAGAAAGAGUGUAGGUUCUGGGGCCAGACUGCUGUGUCCCGAUUUCUCUGCGCCUCGUCUUCCUCCAGGAUUCAGUGUGUGCCCUCAGCGUCUAGCACACGAAGAGCCCCAGGACACUUGGCCGUUGGGGUUGCUUCCGCCACUAGAGGGCGCCCUUGUCCUACCUUGGGGCCAAGGCGAAUGUAAGCCCGGGGCCUCUGUUCCACGGCUUUCACGUCUCUUGAGCCUGUGGUCUUCCCUCUAGCCUCCUGUGCCUGGCGGGACAGGAUGACUAAAUCCCCUUCUUUCAGAAAACGACCUCCUUCCCUCCUGGGAGAGCGCUGUGAGGUGCAUGCUGCUCUUCACCCCAUCUUGCAGAGAAGCAAACAGGCUCUGAGGUGCGGCUGUGGUUAAGAACCGGGUUCUGGAUCCCGGCCCCCUCCAUUUAACUGUUACCUCAUUAUUUUAGCUCUCUGCACCUGUUAGCCUCUCGCAAGGCGGGGUAAACAAUAAUCAUAGCUCACAUUUACUGAGCACUUACUGUGUAUCAGGCAUCGUUCCCGGUAUUUCACACGGAGUAACUGACUUAUCCCUCACCUUGACCCUCUGAGGUGAGAGCUGCUGUUAUGUUGAUUUCACAGAUGAGGAAACAGGCCAGAAUGGUAAAGCCACUUGUCCAAAGUCAGACAGCUUGGGAAGUGUCAGAGAGGGGACUUGAACCCAGGCUGUCAGUCUGUAGCCUGCAUUGCCCCUCUCUGGUGAUAGUACCCAAGGGGGGCUUUGGGAAGCCACGCGGCUUAGCAGGUAAAGCGACAGCAGCCUUCCUCUGUGACCGAGCACCUAAGAGGAAAUACUGUUUGGGCAUGUACCUCCAACAGGUAUAUUUAUUUAUAAAUUAUAUCCAGGAACUACUAGCAUUCUGUAUAUUAGUACUAAGGCUUAAAUUAUUCCAUUUUAAAAUUAAAAAUAAAUAGAGUACACCUCUUGGGUGUACGCACCUGGCUUUGAGACCACAGGCUCUGAAGUGGGAGAGGCCUGGGUUCAAAUCCAAAUCCCACUGUGAACUUGGGCCACCAGUGACUCCGCCUCGCUUCACCUUGGCUUUGCACCUGGGAAACAGGGCUAAUGGUGACCCUCGCCCCACAGGAGUGCCGUGAGGCACUUGGGUAGUAGAGGGGUCGGGAGUCAGGGCUGAGUGUGGCUCCUGGCUUGGCUACUUACUUUAUUUGUGACCUUGGGCAAGUCACUGCUUCAUGGGUGGCGGGUAUUGGUGAUAUCGCAGAAGCGUGAAGCCCUUGGAGGAAGGGGCUUCACAGACCAGCAAGAGAGGAUAAAUGCCAAUUUGGCCCAGACUCCUGAGGCUCAGACAUCCGAAGCCUGACUUAUAACGCAGCCUCUGUUUUUAGCCACUGAACCCGCCAAUGGCUCGCAGUCUGUUGGGUGUCCAGGGAGCAUUCUGGAAACAUAAGGGGAUGAUUUGGGUUACUGCUGUGAUCGGACCGUGCUCUUGGCUCUUGGAAGGCGCGGCCCAGGGAUGGAGAUGUCUUAUAAUAUAUGCAGGGCACCUCCACACAAUGAAGGAGGGUCCCUUGUCACAUACUAUUUUAAAAUGUCCCAUUGGCAUUCGUGAAGGACGGUGAUGUUCAAAAUAUCUUGCACCUGGUGUGGUAAUAUAAAUACGUAAAUCAAUAUCUGCAUCACAUCUUAAAAUAUUUUUUUAAUUCUCAAAAUAAUCAAUGUUAGCUACCUAUAUAUACAUAUUUCUUUAAGUUGUUGCCAAGAGCACAAGUUGAAGCUCAAAUCACUCUUAAAUUGUUGUAAUGGUUUUGUUUCAUUUAGAAAUUGUUGGUGUGAUUUCUUGACUGGCACAGCUGUAUAUACGUCUCUACAUAAAAUAACAUGUUAUAUAUGUACAUAUGUACAUUUAAAAUAACCUUGUCUUAGCUGUGGGUUGGUAAGGGAACCGCAUCAAGUGCGCUUAGCAACUUCCCAUUAAGUUGAGAAUCAUUAGGACUUGAGCUCUCAAUAGAUAAAGAAUUUCUCUUAGCAGCAACUGCAGUGUUUUGGUGUUUUUCUCCUCCCUUUGCUGUUCCUGAACUAACAGCAAUUACAACGGAAACUUUUCUAGCCCUUAAAAUGUUGUCUAAUAGUUUUGUCUAUUCAAUAUCUUUAUUACCAACUGAGAAAUGGGAUGACAGAAGACCCAUCACAACAACUAACUUGAACUAAUUUAUUGCAAUAUGUAUUAUUGAAUUUGACGCUUUCUCACUUACUCUUGUACUGUUCACCAGCCAGAAGUAUUUCAAUACUUUAACAACCAGCCCAUCCAUACUAGUGCAAACUAACGAAAUUCUAGCCUUACUUGGAAAAACCUGGUUAAGAAUUAGCUGAGCCUAGAACCUAACUCUCCUUAGGCAAACACAAAGUCCUUUUUGGAUGGUUUGCGUAGGUUCUGACUUUUCCAGGAAGUGCAACUAGCGUGUAAGAUGAGGGAAGCUUGUAUCGUGUUUUGUUCGAAACUUGGCCAAGGGUUGUCAACGAUAUCAGAAAACCACGUUCCACCUGGUUCUUGGUGAUUCAACACCUACACCGCAUGUUUACAGCCGCGUUAGGAGCUGCCUAUGUUUCAGGUGUAAAUGUAAAUGUCUCCCUCCUCGGGUUCUAGGAAGGUGGCCCCGCACAUUUGCAUAUUGAAAUGAAUAUUUUAAAUUCCCAUCCUUUUAUUUCUCCUUUUUCUUACAGUUCGGGCAAUAGGC